GGCUGUCCAUUCGGUGAUCCGGUUGCCUGAGGAAACCAGAGAGCCCUCGAGGAGUCCAUCUUCCCCAAUCGAAACAACCCGCUGCUUGGCCGAAGCAGACCGCUUACGCAGCAGAUUCUGCGCGCUCCGGCGGCCCCCGCCACCUCCGGCGACAUCUACGUGCUCCUCUCGACCUCCUCCACAAAUCCCCUUUGCUUGGUUGGUCCGCCUCCAGCCCUCCACGUAUAUCGACGACACCACCAAUCCCUACUUGUCGCCGCCCUCCUUAGUCGUUGACAUCGCAGGAGUGGCGUUCUGCGGCGUCGCUUCUUCUCCAUCUCCCUCAAUCAUCGCGUUCCUCAGCCGAUCCAGAAGCCUCUAGAAGCGUCCCGAGCGCCGAAUCCCGCGGCCAUGGCGGAGAGGCUGGCACCCGAGAAGCGCCAUGCCUUCGUCCACAAUGGGCAGAAGGUUUUCGAAUGGGACCAGUCGCUGGAGGAGGUGAACAUGUACAUCGAGCUCCCCAAGAACGUGCCCACCAAGCUGAUUCAGUGUGUGAUCCAGGCCGGCCACGUUGAGGUCGGCAUUCGCGGCCACCCGCCCUACCUCAACCAUGACCUUAUGCACCCCGUGAAGACCGAUUCGUCUUUCUGGACGAUAGAGGACGGUGAAUUGCAUAUCACUCUGCAAAAAAGGGAAAAGGGGAAAACAUGGGCAUCUCCAAUAAAAGGCCAAGGUAGCUUAGAUCCAUAUGCUGCAGACCAGGAACAGAAACGGCUUAUGCUGCAAAGGUUUCAAGAAGAGAGCCUGAUGUCAAUUGGAUUGGUACUGCAAUGCAAUAAUGUCUCAAGUCAGAUUACAGAAAUGGUCGAGAGAACUCUGAUUUUGGUCUUGCUCUGCUGUGUACACUGAACAUUGGUUCUCUGAUCCUUCCUGGCAAAUAUAGCAAUUGUAGGGUUUGGAAAUUAUCCAAAUGAGCUGGCUAUAGGAUUACAGGCCUUGUUUGUAUGGGACACUAUUGGUGGUUAUCUAAUAGUGAUCUUGCUUAUCAUGCAUCCAUGUGUUUGUGUUAUAUUGCAAAUAGGCAAUCUCACAUUAUACAUUGGCCUUGCACAUGGUAGUAUCAGCCAUUUUGCCAAACAUUUUAGAAACCAAACACCUAUGAUUUAUUGUCCACUUGUCAUGAUGAGAAAAACAUAAGAGUUACUGAAAAAGUUAUUGUCUUGUUUUAAGAAAGUGUAGCUGCUAGUUGAAACUACUAACACUCAUGCAGGAUUCUUGUUGCAAACUGGAGUUUUAUGAGUCAGUACUGUCGUGGUAUUCUCACGGGGGGCUUGCGAGUCGACAGAUGCCACAAGGGCUUAGUGUGAGGGUAAGACUGCUGCUGAUAGGCCCGGGAGCGGGUAUGCGAGUAGCACGCGCUAGUUUACCCAGGUUCGGGGCUCUCCGGAGAGAUAAUACCCCUACUCCUGCAUGUCUGAGUAUAGUAUAUCUGGGGUGUACAUCGGACAGUACACGGUGCUCCUGGAGCUGUAUCUGAGAUCAGUAGCAAUGAGAGCUAGCUAGCUAGUGUGGCACAUGUGCCCGGCCAUGUGUGGCCGAACGAGUAUGUGUACUCAUACGUGUGUGUGGAUGGAUGGAUGGCUAGCUAGCUUGCUAGCUUGCUUGAGUGUGGGUGCACUGAGAGUCCAUCCUCCUGGAUGGAUGGAUGAGGCCUCCUUCUAUAGUGUGAGGUAGCUUAGGAUGUAAGCUAGGUAGUGGCAUGGGCUAGGCAUGGUGGGGUGUCACACUUGUCCCCUGGGUCACUUCAUAAAUAGUGCCCAGGGACAAGUGUCACUGUACAUGAUGGCUGGGGUGUCGCGUGUACAGUGCUCAGGUACAUUCGUCUUGUCGGUGUCGGGUCGGGAUGCAGUCGGCAGCCGGCUGGUCGGCGCAGUCGGUAGCCGGCAGCCGGCCGGGCAGAGCAGUCAGACGGGGAGCCGGCAGGAGCAGCCGGGCAGUCGGACUGAGGGGCUUUGCUACCCCCGAUGUCUUGAAUUAUUGUCUCGCCGUCUUCGGGGUAUCCGUGGCCAAUUACUCCGACAGUAGCCCCCAAGCCUCCGGGCAACUUGGCAAAGUUGGGCGGAGAUUUUUUGGCGGGUGUUUCAUGGAAAUGAUCAUGCAAAAGACAAAGUUAGUUCACCCAGAUAUAUCAAAUGAUUGCUUUUAGCACUGCAAGUUUUAUGCGGAGGGUGCCGACUCGGUUUCGUCCGAGCCCCCUUCAAUCUCUUUCAUGUUCCCUCCACUCUUUGGCUUGCUCUCGCUUGUCGGACAGCCGCUCUGCGGUAUGUGGCUGAGAGUGGGCCGCGGAGUGGAGUGUACAAUACUCAGAUUCUGGGAGCGAAUUUAACCUUGCAGAUACUCGUAAAGGAAAUGACCGGGUCGCCCGAACAAUUUUUCUUCCCUGAUGUUUUCUGCGUGGGUGGCCUCCAGCGUUCACUCUUGCCAGCCGGACAGCCGCUCUGCUGUCUGUGACUGAGAGUGGGCCUUUGGUACCGCGCACGCUACUACGCCGUCUGCGGGAACUAACGUCUCAGGCCAAGCGGCCAGCCCCCGAGCCAACUCUGGCUAGCGCCGGGGCGAACAGUGAUGCAACUGUAAUAAAAUGCGGAGAUGGUCCCCCGAGCAUCGCUCGAGGUUAUCCGUGUUUUCGCGGUGCAAAAAUAUGCGGAUGAGGAGCUCACAUUGAUUUUCGUGUAGCCGAGGCGGAGUUUGAAGGCAGCCGGCGCAGCUCAACGCUUGCUGAGCGCGUCGGCGCACCCACUGGAUGUAGCCUUCGGGCCUCCGGGUGCUCGAAGGGGGGUCCCGGCCGGUCAGGCUCGACCGGCCAGGCGUCGAGGCGUCUUGCAGCGCCCUUUUUCUUCUUCUGCCGGCUGCCAGCCGGACAAAACUCUUCUCUUGUCUCUUGUUUUUGUCUCUUGCAAUCUUUCGUGGGGGCGCGCCAGCGCAUCCACUGGGUGUAGCCCCCGAGAUUUGGGCCGACUGCUGAGCAGUCGGGCCGGAUCUCCCGGCGACUACCUCGUCUUCUUUCUCGAGGGGGCGCGUCAGCGCAUCCUCUGGAUGUAGCCCCCGAGAUUCGGGUCGACUGCUGAGCAGUCGGGCCGGAUCUCCCGGCAACUACUUUGUCUUCUUCCUUGCGGGGGCGCGUCAGCGCACCCGCUGGGUGUAGCCCCCGAGAUUCGGGCCGAGGCUCGAUCGGCCAGGCGUCGAGGCGAACAGGCAGCCGUGCCGGCGCUCUUGCUGGCCAGAUAUUGAAGCAGGCAGGUAGACCGGGUCGCGUCUAGCUGCCCGAGUGGCGAAGCAGGCGGACGGACAGACGGACGUUUUCUCUUUUCUUCUCUUUCUAUCCGGCUCCACGCGGGAGUCGGACCCUUCUUUUUUCUUUUGCUUCUUGGGCAGCCGGCUUCACUUUUCUUUGGGCAGCCGACCCACCUUUUUUUCUUUCUUCUAGCACCCGGCUUCUCUUUUUUUUAGCCGGACGCGGGUUCUCUUUUUUCAGCCAGCCGUAGCAGCCGGACUCUUCUUCUUUCCCUCCAGCCGGGUCUUUCUUCAACUUUCUGUUCUUUCUUUGUCUUUUUCUUUCUUUUCCUUAACCCGGAAACUCUUUCCAGCCGGCCCCUUCUCUCUUCUCGAACAGCCGGCUGGGGCGUGACCCGACGGGUGAGCCACAGCGCGUGCAUGAAGCCGGCUGGUGGCAAGCCGGCUGCGGGAGCAGGCGGGCGCGGCGAGGCCGGCCGGCGCAGGAGCCGGCGGUGUUGCGUGAGGCGGUAGGGAGCCGCAGCCGGCGCAGCGGGCGACACGGCAGUGAGGUCGGAUGAAGGCGGACGCGUGUGGCCGAGCCGGCGCGGGGAGGCGUCGGGGCACCGCAGCCGGCGCAGCGGGACCGGAGCAGGCGGCCACGGGCGCGGGGGAGCCGGCGACGGGCGGAGCCGGGCCCGGGGCAGCCGGAGACGGGCGGAGGAGCAGCCGGCACGGGGGAGGCCGGCCAGGCGAGGUGGACUCGGCGGCAGCCACCCGGCCGGCGCGCGGGAGGCGGCAGCGGCAACCCGGACGAGCGGCGCACACGGCGAGCGCCGGAGCCGGCGGGGGGCACGCGAGGCGCGCGGAGCCGGCAGCGGACCGACAGGGCGGAGGCGAGCCGGCGAGGGCCCGGAGCCGGCUGGCGCGGAGCACCCAGCAGCCGGCAGGGGCCCGGAGCCAGCCGGUGCGUGGACGGACAGCCGUGGCAGUCCGGCGCGGACGGGCUUGAAGGAGGACGGGGAGGCGCGCGCGGGGCCAGGAGGGCGACGUCAACGCGACGAGGCAGCGCGCGCCCGCGCGUGGGGGCGCUUGGCGGCGGCGAUGCAGGAGCGCCGGGACGCUGCGAACGGAGCAGCGUUGCGGGGGCGGCCGAAGCCUACGGGGCGACGGGGAGCCUCGGGGGGCAGCAGCACCAGGAUGUGGGGCUCGCGCGCGAGCGCAGAGAAGGGGUGCAGGCGCGCGGACGGCGGAAGCACCGGCGCGGUCGGCCGCGGCGCUCGCAGGCUUCAGCGGUUGCAGGAGCAAGCAUGCAGCUGGCAAUAGUAGCAGCAAACCAGCGCCAUUGUCUGGGCGUGGUCUGAAUGUUAUCUGAUGCGUGUACAAGACACGUAUGGCCAUAAUCUGACUAGUAUAUGGCCAUUGUCUCGCUUGCAUCAGGGAAGUGUUUUGGGUGGUGUAUGACUAUGGUUGACUUGCAUCUAGCUAGUUAGCGCAGAUGAUAUAUGGAGUAGCGAACGCCCGUUCCGGCCGGAGCAAAGCACAGGCAGAGGGGAGCGGAUGCAAGCGGCGCGUGGAUGGACACGGCCGACCGAAGCGAGGCCCCGCGCGCGCGGUUAAAUGGCCGGCGUCGCAACGGUGGUGAUGACGAUGGCGAGGCCGACAGCGAGGACGCGCCGCCCCUCGCGGUCGCUCCGGGGGCGUGUCGAUCCCGGGCCCCCGAGCGCUAUCGGAGAGACGACGGCGACGUCGCGUCGGAGAUGACGAAGAUGGUCCCGCCCGGACUGUGAAACCAGCAGCAGCGUGGUAGCAUAGUAGUAGUACCACACCACGGUGGGCGCCAACUGUCGUGGUAUUCUAAGGGGGGCUUGCGAGUCGACAGAUGCCACAAGGGCUUAGUGUGAGGGUAAGACUGCUGCUGAUAGGCCCGGGAGCGGGUAUGCGAGUAGCACGCGCUAGUUUAUCCAGGUUCGGGGCUCUCCGGAGAGAUAAUACCCCUACUCCUGCAUGUUUGAGUAUAUCUGGGGUGUACAUCGGACAGUAUACGGUGCUCCUGGAGCUGUAUCUGAGAUCAGUAGCAAUGAGAGCUAGCUAGCUAGUGUGGCACAUGUGCCUGGCCAUGUGUGGCCGAACGAGUAUGUGUACUCAUACGUGUGUGUGGAUGGAUGGAUGGCUAGCUAGCUUGCUAUCUUGCUUGAGUGUGGGUGCAUGAGAGUCCAUCCUCCUGGAUGGAUGGAUGAGGCCUCCUUUUAUAGUGUGAGGUAGCUUAGGAUGUAAGCUAGGUAGUGGCAUGGGCUAGGCAUGGUGGGGUGUCACACUUGUCCCCUGGGUCACUUCAUAAAUAGUGCCCAGGGACAAGUGUCAUUGUACAUGAUGGUUGGGGUGUCGCGUGUACAGUGCUCAGGUACAUCAGUCUUGUCGGUGUCAGGUUGGGAUGCAGUCGGCAGCCGGCUGGUUGGCGCAGUCCGCAGCCGGCUGGUCGGCGCAGUCGGCAGCUGGCAGCCGGCCGGGCAGAGCAGUCGGACGGGGAGCCGGCAGGAGCAGCUGGGCAGUCGGACUGAGGGGCUUUGCUAGCCCCGAUGUGUUGAAUUAUUGUCUCGCCGUCUUCGGGUAUCCGUGGCCAAUUACUCUGAUAAGUACUAUUCUAAAGAAAAUAUACUUGGUUAACAACCAUAUGACAUGCUGGCGUAGCUUUAUACCGGUGCUUUAUCCAUCAUUAAAUAUAACUGGCCAUUGGGUCAGUGCUAUAAAUCUUCUGCAACUUUGUCCAUUAACAGUUUAAAAGUACAUAUAUUUACUACAUAAGUAGUGCCAGAUUACCUUGCAAAAAUACUUCUGUAAUCUGUAUUAUUAUUAUCAUUUCGACCAGGAUACUACAAUAGAAAUUCAAUCAAAGUCUUGCAUAGGAAACUGAAUAGGAAAAGACCAACAUACAUUUGUGAAUGGAUGUUGUGUGUGUUUUUGAGUUACCUAUGGCAUGUGCAUUAACGUUGCCCUUCAUAUCUAUGUUAUGUGUAUGCAGAAUCCAGGGUUUGAUUUUUCGCAGGCUCAGUUCAGUGGUACCUGCCCUGACCCAAGGACCUUCAUGGGUGGAAUUCACACUGAUUGAAGAAGCUCAGCU